AUGUUCUAUGGUACUGUGGUAUGGGACCCUUGGCUUAUUGUUGCUCAAAUUGUGUGUCUUCAAUGUUUGUACUAUAUAACCCUGGGGUUGCUCUUGUCGAUACUUGUUGGCACACGUGUGUCUCGGAUGAGUCUCGUGUAUUUCUUUGACUUUGUUGCGAUUACUACCUCUACCGUUACUGGUUGGUGUGUUAUUGCUUCAUUUCUGCUCAGCUCAGUUGCAGGGGCGGUAUAUAUGUUUUAUUUGAUUGAAAGAUCAAGGAAGUGCUUGGAUUUUUCAGCCACACUCUACAUUAUCCAUCUCUUUAUAUGCAUUGUGUAUGGGGGUUGGCCCUCCUCUAUAACAUGGUGGGUUGUGAAUGGUUCUGGAGUUGCAGUGAUGUCCUUGCUAGGUGAACGACUGUGCAUAAAGCGGGAACGCCAGGAGAUAUCAUUAACACGAUUUCGUUCAAGUGAGAACCUCCUCCUUCAUGCAUGUUUAGCUGGCUAA